CAGUGUAAUCUCAGCUGACAAGACGACGAAGGGAACCCGCGCCCCAGACUCAGCCCCGCGGCGCCCACGUGGGGAGGUAAACAAACCCUCGCCAGGCAGGAGGUGGUCCGUACGCUGGUUUGCCAUGAAGAGUAAGGCGAAAAUUGACGAGAUCAUGGAGGAAGAUGAAAGUGAAGAUUUUGGCUUUGUUGAUGAUGAUGAGGAGGAGGAGGAGGAGGAGACUGAGGAUGAGCUGGAUGACAACACCACUGAGGUACAGGAUGAACACAAUGAAAACAACAAGAGAACUCAGCGAGAACAGGGUGGCAAACACAGCAAAUUGGGAAAAGUUAAGGAGGGUCACAGUAAUUUGUAUAAACCACCAACUAUGGAUGAGCUAAACAUGCUCAGAGAAACUCAGAUGCUGUACCAUUCCAAUCUCUUUCGCAUGCAGAUGGAAGAAGUGUUGAGUGAAGUUAGCCUGAAGGAGAAGCGCCAUCAGCAGUUUUCCCAGUGGCUGACCAAACUUUCAUCGCACCUCACCUCCCUGCCUGAGUCUUCCUCCCUUGAGUUGAGUGACAAGAAGAAGAUGGUCAGGAAAGGCAUUCAUGAUCCAAUGUUGAAGACGAUGCCCAAGGUCACGGGAAGUUUCAUAUUUGCUCCACCAGAAAAAGUAGAAGUCGUUGGUUCCUUCGCCUCAAGCACAAUCACAACUUUGAAUCCCACAAUUGACGUUAUGAUGAUUCUUCCAAAGAAGUGUAUCAAUGCAUCUGACUGGCGAAAUGGAAGGUGGCUGACAAAACGUGUGAAAUAUUUAUCAUGGAUUGCUGAGAACUUAGUAAAUAAAACUGACAUUGUCCAGAAACAAAGUUGGACUACACAUUUAGGAGCAUCCUGCAGACCUGUGUUACAGGUGACACCUUCAGGAGAGCUUGGAAAGAAGUGGAAAGUAAACUUAUACCCCGUGCCAGACCAAGAAAACUUGAAAAUAUCGCGAUUCUCACCUGAACGGAGCAACCUUCAGCCAAAGUGGUUCUUCCCUGGAGAUGUUGAAAGUAAUAUUGAUGAGCAACCUUCCACACCUUAUUACAACUGGGCCUGUGCUGUUGAUGUAGUAAUGCAGCAGCACCAGCAGCUGGUUAUGGACCAUUUAGGAGGCAAAACCAACCUUACCCAAGGGAUAAAGCUAAUUAAGGUUUGGUUGGCCCAGCGAGACCUAGACAAGGGAAUGGGCAGCUUUUCUGGUCACAUGGUCACCAUGUUUGUGAUUCAUCUUUUACAGUCACAUAAAAUCAGUUCACAGAUGUCUCCAUAUCAAGUGUUUCGCAAUGCAGUGCUCAACAUCAGCUCUACUGACUGGAUUGUGAAAGGAAUUAGCAUGUGCCCUACACAAGACGAAAAGCCAUCAUUGGAAACCCUUCACCAAUUAUAUGAGGUGGUGUUUGUUGACCCAUCUGGCUUCAUCAACUUGACAGCCAUGAUGGUUGCUGCAGAUUACCAGAGGAUUCAGCAUGAGAGCCAGCUAGCAAUAUCUUUCCUGGAUUCCUCGUCUGUUGAUAGUUUUGAAUCCCUUUUCAUAAAAAAGGUUGAGACAUUACAGAUGAGUGACCAGCUUGUAUCUAUAAGAUUAAAAAAGGAAGAGGGAAUACAAGCACUUAUGAAGAAAAAAAGCAAACACCUCGAAGACACUAUGGACAUGCUGGGCGAUGUAAGGCGAGUGUUGUGGUCUUCAGUGUUGGCGGUACUGAAUGAAGGUCUUGGGGACAGAAAAGUUCUCCUUGCACUUAAGAGAGAAGCUUCACACAUUUGGCCACUAGACCAGCCGCCUCCUCAGCACUCAUGGUCGUUAGAGUUGGGAUUGAUCCUUGACCCUGUCACAGCAUGGGCGCUGCUGACUAAGGGACCCUCAGCGGAAUCUCCUGAAGUUGAAAAUUUCAAGACAUUUUGGGGUGAGCAAUGUUCACUGAGAAGAUUUCAGGACGGAAGUUUCCACGAAGCCGUGUUGUGGGGCAGCCCCAGUCUGUCUCAGGCCCAGCGCCGCUUAAUACCAGAAAAAAUAUGCAAAGAUGUACUAUACCGUCACUUUGGGGUUAAGGAAGAAAAUAUCCUCUAUGUAGCCAAGCAAACAGAGAGCAUCCUUCAUUGGCCUGAAUAUAAAAUGUCUUUUGAAUAUUCAACUGGAGAGGAAGCUACACUUCAGGCCAUACAAGCUUUUGACUCCUUAUCAAGACAGCUGCGUUCACUGGAUCUCCCUCUGAAGAUUACAGCUGUUCAGCCAAAGUCCGAUGUAAACAGACAUACAAGAGUUUUUCCACCUUUGGCAAAAGCAGUGCCAAUAUCAGGACAGAUCGUUGAAGUGGCUGAAGAUCACCUGCAGUUUUCAGAACAGGACGGCCCAAGUGCAAUAUUCAAAUAUGCAAUGGAAGUUGUUAUUUUCCUGGAAAUAAGUGGAAAAUGGCCAGAAGACUUGGAUGCUAUCAAGGCCAUAAAAGCUGAGUUUCAUGGCAAGAUGUGUGACAUGCUUCAGAAGGAUGGCAUCACAGCUGUUGUCUUUCCAGGCUUUCUACAGAUUCUCUGGAUGGGAUAUUUCUUCCGUGUGCAAGUGUGUUACUUGCGAGAAAUCUACCUGCAGCGCUUAGUACAGACUUCUGCGGGGGAUUGGAAGGAACAGGAGACUGCUGCUGCCUCACAAUUAGAACUAGAGAUAGAGAUAUUGCCAAGAUUAACAACGGCUAUAGCAAGCAUCCAAGCAGAUCAUCCAAGCUUCAGUGGUGGGGUGCGGCUUUGCAAGCGAUGGGCAGCAUCACAGCUGCUCACACCUCAUAUCCCCAGCAUUGCUGUGGAGCUCUUGGUGGCCCAUUUGUACCUGAGUCCAGCCCCCUAUACUCCUCCUCACACCCCACACAUAGCCUUCCUACGGUUCCUCAGACUUUUAGAACAAACAGACUGGAAGACUACUCCCUUUCUUGUGAACUUAAAUGAUGAAUUUUCAGUUGGGGAUGUGGCAGAACUUAAUCGACGCUUCACCUCCCAACGAGCAACUCUGCCUCACAUGUUUUUGGUGACCCCGUAUGAUCUUCGGCCAGCGCCAAAAACUGAUGCUGCUGGCUCCCUCGAUCAGCGGUAUAAGCAGGCCUCCCUGUGGACUAAGGGAUCAGUAUCAUUGCAAAUAUUAUAUCGCUGUAAGCAAUUGGCUGCUGCUGCAUUUGCCUACUUGAACAGCAAUCUUUUGAGUGUUGAUAUGGAUAUAAAGACCAUUUUUCGGCCAAAUUUCAAUGACUUCAAUGUUACAUUGGAGCUAAACAUCAACAAGCUAAAUCGCCGCUGUGAGGCUAUAGACUGGCUGCCAAAGAAGUCAUUGAAACUUAGGCAAUAUGAAAAGAAACCAGGAGAAGUGAUGCCCAUUGUGAUGUUUGAUUGUGCCCAGUUGUACCUGAGGGAUCUAAAGGAUGCAUUCAGCCACUUAGCUUUGUUCUUCUAUGAUGAGCAUGGAGGGGAAUCCAUUGGUGUGGUAUGGAAGCCUCAGGCAUUCAAGAUUCAGGAACUGAAGGUUGGAAAUAUGGAAAGUCAUCAGUUGGUUGGAGUCAAAGAAGUAAAACAAGUGCCAAAUUUGGAAGCAAUUCUGGAGGACUUUAACAUUCUUGGUGCUGAUCUUGUUCACAGAGUUAGUGUGAAAAAUGCAGAAGUGUCAGUUUAGUUUCAUGUUAUGUUGUACAAAAUCUCAUACAAAACCUGAGGACUUUUUACAAUUGAGUGAAAUUAUUGUUACUGUACCAGUAUGUUUAAUCUCAAAUGUACAAGAAAAAUAUAAGAUCACUGUAUAAAAACACUAUUAAUCAGAAGUUUACUAUAUGUUUACAUAAUUUUAAUUAACCUCUACUGCACUCAAAAAUGGCUAUUAGUGUACAUAUGUAUUAUCUUCCCAUAGUGCAACCACUGAGCGCCAGGGAUCAAACCCGCGCCUUCUCAGUUUAAGUCAGGGCAGCAAACCAAUUGAACCACUAAUAAGCUAAAUGGUCACUGCACCAGAGGUCACUUCUGAGGCCUAUACCUGACACCCCAGCCCUCAAGGUGGACAUGGAGGUAAGGUGACCCCGCUCACACUCAUAGUAGCUGAAGACAAAGCUGUCUCCAGCUACCUUGGGUGAGAGCGGGGUCACCUUUAUGUCUACAGUGCUAGGCUGGGCCUGCAGAAGUGGCCUCUAGCGCAGUGACCUUCCAGCUCAUCGGUGACUCAGUUGAUUUGCUGCCCUGACCUCAGAAGGCCCAGAUUUGAUCCCUGGCACUCAGUGGUGUUGCAUUAUGGGAUUUUUUCACUGCAUCAUUGGUUUCUCUAAUUCUUAUUAGGUUAAUGCUACAUCAAUUAUUUUCAAGGAUACCCUGAAAAUUUUUAUAUGAGCUGCAAUGUACUUUUUAACUGAAGAACAUCAAUUAUUGUUUAUUGGAAAUAAUACAAAAGAAUGUUUAUAGAAGCAAACUUGUCCAAAUUUAUAACAAUAAAGAAUGUCAGGCA